UGCGCGGAGACCCAGAGCGAGCGACUCUGCCCCAGAGCCCGAGCUAAGCCCCCGCCGGAGCUCCAGCAGAGCCGCACGGCAGCCCAACCUGCGCCACUCCCACGAUCCCGGCCACCCGCCUGCGCUUCUCGUGGCCCGCUCCCGGCCCCGCGUCCCCUCCGCCCAAUGAAACUGGCCGCGAUGAUCAAGAAGAUGUGCCCGAGCGAUUCGGAGCUGAGUAUCCCGGCCAAGAACUGCUACCGCAUGGUCAUCCUCGGUUCGUCCAAGGUGGGCAAGACGGCCAUUGUGUCGCGUUUCCUCACGGGACGCUUCGAGGACGCCUACACGCCCACUAUCGAGGACUUCCACCGCAAGUUCUACUCCAUCCGCGGCGAGGUCUACCAGCUGGACAUCCUCGACACGUCCGGCAACCACCCGUUCCCCGCCAUGCGGCGUCUGUCCAUCCUCACCGGAGACGUUUUCAUCUUGGUGUUCAGCCUGGACAACCGCGACUCCUUCGAGGAGGUGCAGAGGCUCAAGCAGCAGAUCCUCGACACUAAGUCUUGCCUCAAGAACAAAACCAAGGAGAACGUGGACGUGCCGCUGGUCAUCUGCGGCAACAAGGGUGACCGGGACUUCUACCGCGAAGUGGAGGAGCGCGAGAUCGAGCAGCUGUUGGGCGACGACCCGCAGCGCUGCGCCUACUUCGAGAUCUCGGCCAAGAAAAACAGCAGCUUGGACCAGAUGUUUCGCGCGCUCUUCGCCAUGGCCAAGCUGCCCAGCGAGAUGAGCCCCGACCUGCACCGCAAAGUGUCGGUGCAGCACUACGACGUGCUGCACAAGAAGGCGCUGAGGAACAAGAAGCUGCUGCGAGCGGGCAGCGGCGGCGACCCCGGCGACGCCUUCGGCAUAGUGGCGCCCUUCGCGCGCAGGCCCAGCGUGCACAGCGACCUCAUGUACAUCCGUGAGAAAGCCAACGGCGGAAGCCAGGCCAAGGACAAGGAGCGCUGCGUCAUCAGCUAGGAGCGCCCCCAACCCCUGCGUUGGCGACAGAGCCUAAGGAGGACCUCUUUGUUUAAGUCUCAUCUGAUGUCCCAGCUGGCCGCUGCGCCCCUGGCCGCGUGCACGCGCGGACUGGCGUCUUCCCUCCUCGCGGCGCGGCCCCGCGCACAUGGGGAGGUGCAACCAAGAAUGGACAGUCAUCUGCUCUGGAAGGAAAGACAGCUGGCCACGAUGGACUCCCCCACCUCGGAUCUCUCACAGGUGCAGCCCCCCACCCCACCGCCUGGGGGCCAGGGGCCCAGUACAGAGUGAAUUUGUCUGGUUUCUCGCAAAGCUAAGAAUGGGGCUGGGUUGGGGGUGGGAGUUAGUUAAUCAGCCAUUGUUUAGACUGAGAAACGCAUCCGGCCGCUGGAGGGUCGGGACAGGACAAAUGGGGCAUUAUCUUUUCAGUGAUUCUGGGUUGCUGUGACAGCUGGGGAAAGAAAGCCUUUGCAUCCCCCAAAAGUUAAGGGGUAUGGGCAUAUCAUGGCCAAGUGAUUUGUUUACAUGUGUGUGUGAAAUUGCACAAAGGAAAACAAAACAAAACUUGCACUUUAAUAAGUUCUGAUGCCAUGGAGAUGAACAAAAUUUAUCCAGGUGUUUGUACUGUGUGUGUGAGAUGGUCUUUAAGGUUAUUGUUAAUUUGUUUUUUAAUAUAAAAUAAAAUAAUUAAAAAUGGGAAA